AUGUGGUACCGAGUAACUCAAGUCCGGUCUACUAUUGGUUUACCCAAGAAACUGCGCAAUACGGCACUUGCUAUGGGCUUGAAGAAGCGUGGCAAUGUUGUGUACCAGAAGGUGAACGCUGCCAACGCCGGUCAGAUCCUUACUCUGAAGGAGCUCGUCGAUGUCCAGCUCGUGGACCAGGCUCUCACUCGCGAGGAGGAGCGCCUUCUACGCCGUAAUCCCAAGGGCUACUCUGUCGAGGCGUCUGCAUAA